GACAGGAGGCCGACAUGACCGACGGGUUCGGGUUGUGUUCACCGGCGCGGUGGAGGCCAUGGACCGCGGGCAUCGCCUAAGCCCAGCGGCUACGGCGCAUGCGCAAUCUAUGUACCGGAUGCUCACGAACUUCAUUGCCGAGCAUGUGCCAGAUCCCCGUCGCUUCUGCUUGAGCCUACUUUCAGGCAAGGUCGAGUCAUCGCCAUUCGCCGGAGAGAAGUUGGAAGCACUGCGUAAGCAGUGGGCAGCGUUGCUUGGUGCGGAAGGCAACCCAGACGCGCUUGAGGCCCCUGAUGCACAGCCCUUCCUGCUGAGAGCACUGUCGCUUUCUGCCGAAAGACUUGGGGAUCCCGAUUGGGAGAUAUUAACAGAGGGAGUCGAUUGUUUUUGUACCGGGGUACCCCUAGGCAUUAAUGGCGAGAUACCGCACUUGCCACAGGUGUAUGAAAAGAAAAGUCAUUGGCGGAAACUUGAUGAAUCCGAGCUAGAGUAUGAUAGGACAAACUACAAAAGCGCCGAGUCGAGCUCGGCUGAGCUCCUCGAAAAGUUUCGUGCCGAGGAAAAACUGGGGCGAAUGAAACCGACAACGCUCGGGGCGCUGCGCGAGGAGUACAGUGAAGACAUGAUCCGCGUGGCUUCCAUGGGGGCCAUCUCCAAACCUGAUGGCAGUGUGCGGCCAUUACAUGAUGGAACACACGGCGUCAAUGUCCAUAAUCAGAUACGCUUGGUGAAUCAGAUUGCAGUACCCGGGCCGGCGGAAAUGUCAUUUUCAGUUCGUCAAUCAGGUGCUAUGCAGGAAAUCCCCUUGGCCGCGACCGCAGAUGUGAGUGCGGCCCAUAGGUUGGUUUUGCAUCGGAAGGGCGACUGGGCCUUGAUGGCAUGCAGAGCGGAGCAAGGCUCCGCCACGAUUUGGAUCAAUAAGGUAGGAACGUUCGGGCUUAGCCCGGCCUCGUUUUGGUGGAGCAGGCUUUACGGAAUCAUAGGCAGAGUUGUCGCCCGUUGCCUACUGCAGCAUGCUUUUUACCACUUCGCUUACGUGGACGACGUGAAUCCCACUUUCUAUGGGAAGCGGAUGUACAUCAAUUUCUUGGUUUGGUUGAUCCUUCAAGAAAUGAUAGGGGUUCCUUUUGCUUACCAUAAGUUUAAGGGAAAAACGCUUGUCGCCUUCAUAGGCUACGAGCUUGACUACGGUGCAAGACUUGUGGGGCUCAGCGAAGCCCGGGGUGCUUGGGUGUGCAACUGGGUUAACGAGGCACGUAAGGCGCGCUACGUUGUUUCAGUAAGGAAGUUUGCUGAGUUCCUCGGGCGACUGGGUUUCGUGUCCAGGGUCGUGUACUGGAUCAAACCGCACUUGGCCCCCUUGUACGCUUGGUCAGCUGCAGCUUCGAAGAGCCACGUCGCAAAAAUGCCGGACACUGUCAUCCUGACCUUACUCUACUUGGAGGCAACGCUUAAGGACAUUAACUUCAAAGUGGCGCCGGGCCGACAACGCGAGGAGCAAGGGCACCUUUUUCACACGGAUGCUAAAUGCGAUGAUGGCAUCAGCGGCGAUCAAGCUUUUGACUUGGAAUUGCGGCGGGUUUUCCACGUGCAAGGAGACCUGGAUGAGGGAAAGCUCGGAGUUUGUUGCGGGCGAGUGGACAUGUAUUCAGAGCGGCGUGGGCACUUCGGUGUCCAGAGCACAGGCAGCCAGCUUUUUCUCUGUGGCGAUUUCAACACGAUCACCCAGCCCACCCCUCCUUGCAUAGGUGCAGGCACGUGCGAUGGCGAGAAGGAGGACUCCUUGGACUCAGCCGACAUGCUGGGCAUCUUGCAGGACUUUGGACUGCAGGCUGUGAACACUUUCGGCAAGCAUGGUAGCUACACCCAUGUACUUACGCAGCGCGAUAAGCAGUACCGCUCCUUCCUGGACUAUGUCAUGGUCAGGCGGCGAGGCGCUACACUCAGGACAGCCUCUCGCAUCAUUGGUGACUGUCCUGUGGCUCGCUGGCGUGGAGGUGGACGGCAUCUACCUGUGGCAGUCACUUUGCACUUCAGGCGUUUCCAGUUCGUGAAGCCUCGGCCUCAACCACCCUGGCCGCAAUGGAAGUGUGCUUUGCUCACUGCCAGGAUUGCUCAAAAUGGCCCGGAUGUGCAAGCCUUCCAGGCACAGGUGGAACAUGAGCUGAGCCAAGUUUCUGUCUACACACCGGAGCAAGUGAACAGCAUCAUCCUGAAGGCCGGCCGGCAAAACUUUUCCAUCGAGCGCCAAAGCAGUUUGCAGCCGCCCUGGGAGCAUCACCAACAUGUUGGCACCAUUAAGCACAUGUGGUUGCAGCGCAGACUUGCUAGCCAGCAGUUUCGACUAUGUGUCUCAGGUCUCCGUGCGUGCUUUCGUGCUUGGAGGUGCCAUUCUCGCUUUCAGCAAAUGCAUAAAAUUGUGGCCCGCAACAGCAGACUCCUCCGGCGGUACCGUUUCAACGAACUUCUUCGUCGGGCCGAGGCUGCUGAUUACCACAACCGCGUGGAUCAACUUUUCUUCUUGUUGCGCAGGCAUGCCCCCAAACAGCCACGCACGCGAGCACAACUUCGAUCGAGCACGGGUGCACUGCUGAUGCCGCAAGCCGAGGCUAAGGCCCUAGCCACGUACUGGAAAGAGGUUACCACAGCUGCUAUCCCGAGCCAGGCACCGGACCCACUUCCCUUUGACAUCCGGCCGGAGGCGAUUCAGUCUGCUCUCGAGGCCCUGCCGGCCAACAAAGCCGCACCCGCCCAUUAUGCUCCACAUGUUCUAUGGAGUUGUGCUGCGCCCUCUGUGGCACAGGUGCUGGAGAGAGGGCUGAUGCAGACAUGGCGACAAGCAGCGGCCACGGUUCCUGUCGCAUGGGCCGAUGCAUGGCUCACCUUUCUUCAAAAGCCCAACAAGGCAGGGAAUGCCCCUCAACAUCUUCGACCAAUUGCUCUUCUGGAUCCGGUCGGAAAGGCAGUGACGGGUAUCCUUCGCAGCCAGCUCGACACUUACAUUAUCCCGCACAUGAAGGAGCAGCAUCAGUAUGGAUUUCUUCCCAACAGGUCGGUGCAGCAGGCCCUGGGGCAUGCUUUCAUGCACUGCCGGGCUGUUCGUAGCAUGUGCCAGGCUCAACAACGCUCCUUGUACGAGCAGAAAGCCGGGAACAAGUCGUUGGGAUUGGCAGGGGGGAUGUUCCUAAGCAUCGACCUGACCCAGGCCUUUGACAGGGUCGACCGGGGAUUGCUGGAGGCCUCUUUGAUCCACAUCGGUGUCCCGGCUGAGCUUCGCCAUUUACUCCUGCAGUGGGUCCAUGCUGCCCAUUAUGUCGUGCAGCGUGAAGGUCACACUCAGCGCUUUGGCACAACGCAAGGAAUCAGGCAGGGAUGCCGACUUUCACCAUCAUUGUGGAACUGUGUGGUCAUCUACCUAACACAUCUCCUAGAGCAAAAAUUUGGCUCCGGGUGGUGCAGGCAACACCUGGUGGGCUAUGCCGACGAUAACCUCUUCAAGUGGACUUUUCGCGCCAAGGCCGAGGCUGCUCAGGCCAUUGCCGAAGCAGGGGACAUUGUUGAUCUUUUCGAGGGCCACGGGCUACAAGUGAGCAAAGACAAGACAGCCAUUCUUCUUCGGCUGGCCGGCUCCCAAGCAACGGCCCUGCGCAACAAAAUCACCACGAAGGUGGAGGGCAAAUGUCACCUGAAGUUGGGCCCGGAACUCACCCUGCCCAUCAAGUCUCAACACGUCUACCUCGGCGCCAUUAUUUCCUUUGCCAGGUUUGAAGAGUACACAGCAGCCCAUAGACGCCAGGCCGGAAUGGCCACAUACCAUCGCCUGCGACAACAUCUGCACUCUAAGCGUGCCUGGCCCUUGCAUAAAAGGAUCCGCUUGUGGAAAGCCUACAUUCUGCCAACCGUCUUCUACGCGCUGACGGCUUCAGGUCUCACAGACAAGAGUGCAUCCAUGAUCAGGGUCGAGUUGAUCAAACAGCUAAGGGCCAUCGCGGGGAGCCCCCGCCAUCUCACACUGGAGCCCGACGCUCAAUUUCUCGAAAGGCUCGGCCUGGAAUCUCCGUUGCAGAUGCUUAUGCGCAGGCAGGCCCGAGUUCUGGAAAAGACCCGCGAGCUCCAAGGCAAACUCCCACCACACGAUGUCAGACUUGAUCCGGCACUGCGUGCACAUGAGGAAAGUAUUCUUCAGCAGUUCCAGACUUUCGUCCAGCCGGACUCCACUGCGGGUGCUGCUGACGACCUGCCCUGCCCUGACUGUGGCAAAUGCUUUCCCACUGCAGCGUCCCUACGCCAGCACCGUGCCACUGCACACAGGCGCGGAGAGGACAAGCCGAGGGGUGAUCGUUUUGAUCGGCUGCUUCACGGCAAGGACGGCCUUCCGCAAUGCAUCAAUUGCGGGCACAAAUUCAGACUAUGGGAGGAGCUGCAGCGGCAUGUUGAGCUUGGCCGGUGCCAGGCUACAGCAAAAGCUGAGUAUGAGGACGUCCACCCCCCGCUGAUUGCCAAAGUUCUGGAGGAUAAAAUUGUUUUCCCGGAGGUCUUUCAUCAGCUGCCGCCCCCGGACCUCAGGACCGAGCUCAACGAGAGGUGUGCACUGUGUCGCACAUGGCUCCCCAAUGAGAAUUACAUGAAGGUUCAUUAUGGGCGUGUCCAUCCCGAUGAGUGGCAGGCACAUAGUGGUCGUGUACGUGUAUGGUGCAUGAACAACCUCCCGCCCGUUAAGGGCACAUGCCGAUGGUGUGGCCACAAGGACCAAGCAGGCAGGGAUCAUCGUGCAACAUGCCCGGCUUUGUUUCAGCUGGCCAUGACCUGGUUCGUUAAUGGAGGCCCUCCGGAGGCCGCCGAUGUGACCGACUUGGCCGGCAUGCUGGACACCGAGAUUCAGGAGGUGUUCGCCGGCUGCCUGCCGGCUCUGGCGAAGCUCAGCGAGGUGAACUUCCUGGACCCGUCGGAGUGGGAGACCAAGGAGGAUCAGGAGAUGCCGAACCGAGGCAAGAGGUCACGACCGGAGCCCGAGAUGAACAAGGACAAGCAGCCUCCGAAAGGGGGCAAAGGCAAGGGCGGACGUCACGGCAACGACGGCCGAGGACGGGGGCAAAACAGCUGGGGCAGCUGGGACUACAACGGCUGGGGUGUCAACAGCUGGGAUGCCAACAGCUGGGGUGCUCUUCACAGGCAUCCGCGGCCGACCAUGGAGCAACUGGUGGAGGCCUUGUGCAGGCUGACCUUGAAACAAGAGGAGGAGCUGCAACUUAUCCGAACCGAGAAGCAAUUCCUGUUGCAUCUCGAGUCAGGGACACAUGGCCUACUGGCUCCGCUGUGGCAAGUGGCGCAGGCUUGGAAAACGGGGCGGGACAAAACCCCGCCGACGGUGACCAGCUCCCUUCGGGUCGCCUUAAUCAAAAGCCUCCUUGCGGAAUGGAUCACCCGCCUCGACACGAUGACCAAGGACGAGCCUACAGUAAAGAAGAUGGAGGCCCAGGGGUGGAUCAAAGUGCAGGGCGAGAAGGAGCUCCAUUGGACGUUUCAGCAAUGGAAUGCGGAGAGCCGUCGAUUGGAGCUGGAUGCCACCCGCCCACCAGUCGGCCACACUCAGAUGGUGCAGAUUGCGAACGACCUGCAACAGCUGGUGUUGGCAGGGAAAGAGGAGCUCAUUCACCGCUUCCACUCGACACGGAAGCUCACCGAAUCGGUGACGGGGGAUACUCUCCCCUUCAUUUUGGCGGUGGCAAUGAGGGGCACUCGAGCACAGCAAGCCCACGACUUGCUCCGCAGCUUGACGGGCAGCGCAGCUCUCCGUUUGGUGGGGGUUCGGAUUCGCGGCGAGCGCAUGAACUUACAGCCGCUCGCCCAACACAUCGCAAAGAUGGCAGCAGCUCUUCGGCGCUAA